UUCACACUGGAGUGGAAAAGAUGGCUGCUUCGGCGGCAACGGCGAGUUGUCCCCCGGGUUUGAGUCCGAAUUACGCCGUAAUCUGCUCCUUCCUCGAGCGGUACGGAGCCUUGCUGGACCUGCCGGAGCUCACCUUCCCGCAGCUGGAGCGAUGUCUGCAGGACACCGCCGCAGUCCCGAAGCUGCUGGUCGAUCUUCACGUGAAGCUGCUGAGGAAGAUCGGCAAGUCGGUGUCAGCAGACCGAUGGGAGAAAUAUCUCGUCAAGGUGUGUCAAGAGUUCAACGCAACAUGGGCGUGGGAACUGGAAGAGAAGGGAUACAAGGAGAUGACGUUAGAGAGCAAGACGGCAAUACUUAAAUAUUUGUGUGAGUGUCAGUUUGAUGAAAAUGUCAAGUUCAAAACCGCCAUCAACGAGGAGGACCCAGAUAAAAUGCGGCUGCAGCCGAUCGGCCGAGACAAAGACGGUCAGAUGUACUGGUUUCAGCUGGACCAGGAGGACAACGUGCGCGUUUACAUUGAGGAGCAGGACGACUCGGACGGGUCCUCGUGGAAAUGCAUUGUCAGAGAACGAAACGACUUGGCCGAGGUUGUGGCGCUGCUGAAGACGCAGAUCGACCCCGAGCUGUUGAGAAGAGACGAGUUGAAAAAGGAAAACAAUCCCGAUGGUGAAGGGGACAAAAAAGGUGAAGCUAAAAAGUCUGACAGCUCAUCAGAUGAAGACCACAAAGACCCCAACAAAGCUGCUUGUCUGGUUCCACCAAAGACGGAGGACAAUGAGAAAGAAACGCAGAAAGAGAACUUGAAAUCAGAAGCUUCUGAGGUCAAAUCUCUCAAUGGCAUCAUCGAAAGCAAAAGUGAAGCAGAACUUCUUUCAGAAAACUUCGGUACAAAAGCCCAGAGCAUCAAAGAAGAGCCGAUGGAGGUGACAGACAUUAAAACAGCGACGUGUGAACCGGCCUCUGUAUCGUCAUGUUUAUCAGUGAAGGCAGAAAAAGGCGAGGAGGUGAAGAGGAUCAGCGCAGAGGAGAUUCAACAGGCUCUGAAUAACGACCAGCAGGCCAAAAUCCCCCUGAAGAAGAGAGGAAUGAAGUUUACUGAAGACUUUGAGAAAACCCCCAUUAACACGGUGCAAACGCCGUCUGUGUCGCAGGUCAGAGACGUUCCCAAAGGAGACUUGACUCCCAAAGGUGACGCUGCGCCCAAAGGCGACGCUGCUCCCAAAGGAGAAGCUGCUCCUAAAGGUGAAGCCGCUCCUAAAGGUGAAGCUGCUCCUAAAGGUGACGCUGCUCCCAAAGCCGACACUGCUCCCAAAGGAGAAGCUGCUCCCGAAGGCGACGCUCCUCCCAAAGGCGACGCUCCUCCCAGAGGCGACGCUCCUACCAGAGGAGAAGCUGCUCCCAGAGGAGAAGCUGCUCCCAGAGGAGAAGCUGCUCCCAGAGGCGACGCUGCUCCCAGAGGCGACGCUGCUCCCAGAGGCGACGCUGCUCCCAGAGGCGACGCUGCUCCCAGAGGCGACGCUGCUCCCAGAGGCGACGCUGCUCCCAGAGGCGACGCUGCUCCCAGAGGCGACGCUGCUCCCAGAGGCGACGCUGCUCCCAGAGGCGAAGCUGCUCUCAGAGGCGAAGCUGCUCUCAGAGGCGACGCUGCUCCUAAAGGAGACGCUGCUCCCAGAGGCGACGCUGCUCCCAAAGGAGACGCUGCUCCCAGAGGUGACGCUGCUCCCAGAGGUGACGCUGCUCCUAAAGGCGACGCUCCUACCAGAGGCGACGCUGCUCCCAGAGGCGACGCUGCUCCCAGAGGCGACGCUGCUCCCAAAGGCGACGCUGCUCCCAAAGGCGACGCUGCUCCCAAAGGAGAAGCUCCUCCCAAAGGCGACGCGGCCUCGAAAGGUGACACGGCUCCCAAAGGCGAUGCUGUUCCCAAAGGAGAAGCUGUUCUUAAAGGCGUCGCUUCUCCCAAAGGAGUUGCGGCUCCUAAAGGCGAAGCUGUUCUUAAAGGCGAAGCUGUUCUUAAAGGCGAUGCUGCACCCAAAGGCGAUGCUGGUCCCAAAGGAGAAGCUGUUCUUAAAGGCGUCGCUUCUCCCAAAGGAGUCGCGGCUCCUAAAGGCGAAGCUGUUCUUAAAGGCGAAGCUGUUCUUAAAGGCGAAGCUGUUCUUAAAGGCGAUGUUGCACCCAAAGGCGAUGCUGCUCCCAGAGGCGAUGCUGCUCCCAAAGGAGAAGCUGUUCUUAAAGGCGUCGCUUCUCCCAAGGGAGUCGCAGCUCCUAAAGGUGAUGCGACUCCAAAAGGAGAUGCUGUUCUUAAAGGCGACGCUGCUCCCAGAGGCGACGCUGCUCCCAAAGGAGUCACGGCUCCUAAGGGCGAUGCGACUCCCAAAGCCGACACUGCUCCCAAAGGAGAAGCUGCUCCUAAAGGCGACGCUGCUCCUAAAGGUGACGCUGCUCCUAAAGGAGAAGCUGUUCUUAAAGGCGACGCUGCUCCUAAAGGUGAUGCUGCUCCUAAAGGCGAAGCUGCUCCCAAAAGAGUCGCGGGUACUAAAGGCGAUGCGACUCCCAAAGGAGUCGCGGGUCCUAAAGGCGAUGCGACUCCCAAAGGAGUCGCGGGUCCUAAAGGCGAUGCGAUUCCCAAAGGAGAAGCUUUUCUCAAAGUCGACGCUGCCGCCGACAAAGAAAAGACGACUAACCCUUCUGUGGUUAAACCUGUAGAACCAAGAGAAAAUGACUCAACGUCCACGGAAAAAAAGGCGAAGGAUAAAAAAGAUGAAGCCUGCAGUGCAAAAGUUACGGAGGAGGUCACAUCACACCAGGAGAACUCUGAUAAGAGAAAUCUAGAAAAAGAAAACGACGCAGCAACGGAAAAGAAAGAAGUACACAAGUCCCCUCCUCCACUAAAAGGAGAAUCACCAGCUCUACCUAGAGACGUAAGAAAUGCACCGGAGGAGUCGUCUAAUCACAAAGAGUGUCAGAAGACGAAAGAGAGCCCUGGCGGUACAAAAGAAUCUUCUGCUGCAUCAUUAAAGGAAACUGAUAAAACAUUAACAACCGAUGAGUCAGAGAAACUGAAUUUAAAUCAUGAGGCCACGUCCAAAGACCCAGAAUCAAAAGAUUCGCAGAAGAAACCAUCCUGUGCAGACGCAUCAGAGUCGAGUCAGACUGGAAAAACAGAAGAGACGUCAAACAGAACAGAAAACAUAAACCGAGCUGUGAGCGAUAAAGAUGCUAAAGAAUCCGAAACAUCUGUGACCUACACAGAGAAAUCAGACAAAUUGGCAACAAAAGCAACUCCAGGAGUCAUUAAAACAACAGAGACGCAGGCUGCCGGCAAAGAUCCUCCAAAGAAACCUGAUUAUUCUGAAAACACAGAGUCCCAGUCCAUCAUUAAAAAGACAGAAACAGUAAAGGACGGUGACGAGGCAGAGGAUCGGGAAGUCACACAAACUUCUACUGUCAUUAAAAAGGUGGAUAAGAAAACAGUCAGUGAGAAAUCAGAGGAAAAACCCGACCUCAAGGAGAGUGCAAAGUCUUCUGUUAUCAAAGCGCUUGAUAAAUCAGAAUCGUGUAAACCGGCCAAGAAGCAGCCGAGUGCAACGGUCGCUGAGACGAAGCCAGAGGAAAACAGUCAAGCCUCUAAAAAGCUCAACAAGACAGAGAAGCCGGAGGACACAAAGAAAACUGUCAACAGUGAGGACAAUAUGAUCCACGAUGUCCCCAAGAUAAGCGAAUCCACGUCAGAGCCCAUGGAGGUCCAGGCAGCGGCCGUUAAACAGGAUCUGACAAAUCCCCGAGAGGAUGACAGGACGAAGAAGAACUCUGUCCAACAUGAAACGAAAGAGAAAACGUCUGAAGGAAAAGAUAAACCUCCCAGUCCUGUCGAGAAAACUGACCUCGCUGCGGAAAAGGAUAAAAAGCCCAACAGAAAAGAGGAGAAGAAGUCUGAAGAACCGUCAAAGCCAAUGGAGAGAGAGCAGCCGUCGUCAGAAACUAAAACGGAUUCUGACAAGAAAAGUGAAAAAGACGCAGACAGGGAAAAGCUCACAGACGACCCUGCGAAAAUCCUCAGUCAAGACAAAGCAAUUAAAGAAGAUUCUACGAUAGAUAAAACCUCAACAACCGAUAAAGCAAAGGAGGAGAAACCGGUGCAUAAAGAAAGUGAAAAAUUGACCAAAAUGGAGAAAUCUGGAAGCAAAGAAGCUGAAGCUGAAGCCGAAUCCUCGACUGGAACUGAAAAGCCGGCUCAUCCGAGCAAAGAAACGCCAACCGAUAAACCCACAGACGAGGAAAGUAAGAGCAAAACUGAAGAGGAGGAUUCAAACACUAAAAAGGAGGUGGCGAACGGCAGCGAGGCUCCAGCUGGCGAUCUGGAGGCAGCGAUUCGCCGAAAACGCAAGCGUCCUGCCCACCGAAGGAGAGUCGUGGUGAAGAUAGUGGAGCGGCAAGAGGACUCAGAGUCCGACACAAACACGGGGAGAUCUCUCCGAAGGUCACCCAGGAUCUCCAGGCCGACACCGAAGGUGGUGGAGAUCACCGACAGGAAGUCGGAGAAAUCGCAGGCGACUCCGCCAACAGAGAAGGAAGAGGACGAUAAGGCCGAGAAAGACGAGGACGAGGAGGAAGAGGAAGAUGCGGUGAAGGUUGUCCAGAAGAAACCGAGAGAGAAAAAGGUGGAUCCGGAGGGUCAGCUCAAACCAAAGGGGCGAAGGAGACGGAAGGUUCGCUGGUCGAACACUCGAACACGCCGCAAAAAGAAAAGCUCCGAAGACGAGGAGGAACACAGCGGAGAGGAAUCCAGCGAGGAGGCGGAGAGCGAGGAUGAGGACGACAGCGACGAAGACUACAAGGUGGAGCGGGGGAAAAGGAGGCGGAACCGGAUCCGAGAGAGGCGGAGCUCGGACUCCUCCACGUCCUCGGACGACGACCUACCUCCGAACGACGACCCCUGCAAACACUGUGGUCUUCCAAAUCACCCCGAGCUGAUCUUGUUGUGCGACUCAUGCGACAACGGCUACCACACAGCGUGUCUGAGGCCUCCGCUCAUGAUCAUCCCCGACGGAGAAUGGUUCUGUUCUCCCUGUCAACAUAAGCUGCUCUGUGAAAAGCUAGAGGAGCAGCUUCUGAACCUCGACGCCUCUUUGAAGAAGAAGGAACGAGCGGAGAGACGGAAAGAGCGUCUGAUUUACGUUGGAAUCAGUCUGGAGAACAUCAUCACACCCUCAACAGAGGUGGAGGAGGAGAAACCGGAGAUCAAAAUCAAAGAGAAGAAAGAAGUGAAGAGGAGUAAGAGCUGGGGUCGGAGGUCAACGAGGACAAAGAAAAACAUCAGCUACAGAUUUGAUGAAUUCGACGAGGCGAUUGAGGAGGCGAUCGAGGAAGACCUGAAAGAAGCAGAGGGUGGAGGAGCUGGUCGAGGUAAAGACAUGGCCAACAUCACAGGAGGCCACAGAGGAAAGGACAUGUCCGUCAUCCUUCAAGCGGAUGAGGAGAACAAGGAGAACGGCCGCCCGCCACCAAUCAGCUCCGCUCAGCGCAAGAGGAAGCGCCGGCGACUCAACGACCUGGACAGCGACAGCACCGUGGACGAGGAGGAAAGCGAGGACGAGUUCCGCAUCAGUGAAAGCUCAGAAGAAGAAUUUGUGGUUUCGGAGAACGCGUCGGAGGCAGAAAUCGACUCCAACAACAGCGACUUCGGCAGCAAUGGCAGCGGCAAGCGUCACACUUCCUCACGGAAGAGGAAGCCACCGAAACGACGAAUGAGCUCCCGAAAGCGACGAAGGCCGAGAGGGUACUCAGACGAUGAAGAGGAGGAGACGGAUGUGGACGAGGACGAUGAUAUGGCGACUGAAGGCUCCAGUGAGUUCAGCGACAGUGAUCUUGAUAUGAGUCGACGUCGGUCUCGGCGGAGUCAGAAGAAGCAGGUGAACUACUGCGAGACGUCGGAGUCUGACGGAUCUCGGGCCAAACCCAAACGGGCGACAGUAAAACCUAGACAUGCCCGGGACAGUUCAGAGAGUGAAGCGAGUUCCUCCAGAGACUCUGAAGAGGAGCCGAGGGCGAAGAGGGUGAAGAGGAGAGCCGACUCCUCGGAGGAGGACACACGGCAGCGUCACAGACGUGUGGCACUGAAACGCAGGAGAGCAUCUGAGGACGACUCGUCGGACGACUCGUCAGACGACUCAUCGGAGGAGGAUCGUCCCGUCCGCAAACGGGUGAACCGCAUCGAUUCGGACGAUGAUGACGAGGAGGAGGAGAAACCAAAAGAGAAGAAACCUGAGGAGGAGAAGAAACCCGAGGAGGAAUCAAAGGGAACAAAACCGUCGGACUGCAACGCGGUGGAGCCGCCGCCCACCAACGGACAGAGCACGGUAAAGAACGUCGAGGGCGUCAUCAGCCGAGCCGCUGCUCCAGGUGUCCCCCCCCAACAGGAGCCGCCCAAAACCGCCAUGGCACCAAACGGCGUGGCUGGCCAGGAGAUGGCAGCGCAGGAGGAUGACGAAGACGACCUGUUAGGAGUCACAGACCUAGUGGACUACGUCUGCAACGAAGCAUUGUAAAAAAAAAAAGAAAAUGGUGUACUGUUUCAUUUUUUUGUGGUAUUGUAUUUUUAUAUUGCUUAACUUUAUUAUUCCCUCCCCACCAACACGUCCUCGUCCUUCUUACUCGUGUCACGUGGAGCUUGACUCUCAGAAACCUCCGCCGCAGUAAGAACUGGAUCUUUGUCGCCAGUCUGUCCCUGUGGGAUUGUUCAAUAACCAGUAAGGGCACCGACUCGAGACUCAUUCACAGGGUAACGAUCAUCGUACCUGCAGACCACCCACAGCAUCCAGCUCCACUGCCAAACUACUUCCUCUAGAACUGUGUCACUCGUCACAUCCACCUGUUUCCUGUUUUUUUUUUUAACCCCACGUCCAGGACUACGACCAGUUCAACUGACCCAACGACGCGCCGGGAGAACUGGCACCGAAACUGGUUGUGUUGAAGAUUUGUCGUUUUUCUUGAAACGACUGGGACUUAACAUUUUCUUGGUGAGAAGCAGAAAAUCAUUCCAUGAAUUACACAAAGUUCUUGGCAUCAAACAUGAAUUAUAGAUUUUAAAAUGUUACCUCUUCAAGGCCCAACUUUUUAAACGAUGUGCUUAUCGGCUCACCGGCACCGUUGAGACGAGAAGAUCGAUACCACGCUCAUGUCCGUCAGUUUAAUGUGAGGCUAGCAGCUGUUAGCUUAGCACCAAGACUCUUUUAAUGCGGUACAAAGAAGGUACUUUUUCACUGGUCGGACCACAGAGAGAACCAUGCUAUGCUAACAGUAGCUAGUGGGUGCUUACUAAAACCCACAGAGUGCUGUACUGGGUCGGAACCAGUGACGUUAAGAUGCAAACCAGACGUGAAUAUGAGAUUAAACAUUAAGUUUCACAUUUAAAGCAACAGCGCCCUCUGCAGGUUCACGUGGUGACUGAUUCUGUGUUCGAGUGGUUUUCAAGUCCAUCGUAAGUUAAGUUAAGAUCUGACUGCGUAUCUAAAUAAUGUGAAACACAACCGGUCAGUGGAUAUUACCCACAAUCCCCUGCUUCGUGAACCUGUUCCGUGAAUACAGGUGAUAAUCUGACCGAGUGUGUGUCUGUUCCCCCAUCAGUUGCUAUUUGUGGUCUGCCGAGCAAACACCACUUUGACUUUCAUGUGUAGUGUGUGUGUGUCCUCGGCUGGUUUGUCGAGUGAACGCAGCAGUUACACAUCCAAACACUGUGUUAACAAAGGCUUUGGACUGGAGGGGGGGGGGGGGG